AUGACUCUAAAGCCAUUAACUCCAGUGAACUGUGCAGGCCUCCUGCAGCCUGGCUGCUCUUUGCUACAUCUGGAUGGAGAACUCCUCCUCUUUGGCCAGAAAGGUUGGCCCAAGCGCUCCUGCCCCACAGGUGUCUUUGGGGUUCGCCUUAAAAAUGGCGAAAUGAAGCUGAGGGCCAUCUCCUUCUCCAACGACUCCUGCUACCUUCCACCGCUGCGCUGUCCAGCCGUUUGCCGCCUCGACCCCUAUGAUGGGCUCCCAGAGGGUUACCUCAUCCAUGGAGGCCGUACGCCAAAUAAUGAGAUCUCCUCCAGCUUGUACAUGCUCACCACUGAUAGCCGCGGAUGCAAUCGUAAGCUGACCAUACGCUGCAAAGAGAGAGAGCUGGUGGGAGAAGUGCCAGGUGCAAGGUAUGGACACACGAUGAGCAUGGUUCAAAGCCACGGAAAGACGGCGUGCGUGCUGUUCGGUGGUAGAUCCUACGUGCCGGCCGGAGAGCGGACCACGGAGAGCUGGAACAGCGUCGUGGACUGUCCUCCUCAGGUGUUUCUAUUCGACUUAGAGUUUGGCUGCUCCUCCGCUCAUACUCUACCAGAGAUCGGCGAUGGACAGUCUUUUCAUUUGGCCUUUUCAAGAGAAGACUGUGUCUACCUCCUCGGGGGUCACUCCAUCACGUCAGACUCCCGUCCCCCUCGACUCUUCCGCCUGCGUGUUGAGCUGCUGCAGGGCAGCCCUUUGCUCUCCUGUGAGACUCUGCACACUGGUAUAUCCAUCUCUAGUGCCAUAAUCACCCGCACAGGCCCCUCUCACAGAUAUAUCAUCCUAGGUGGGUAUAGGUCAGACUCUCAGAAGAGGUUGGAGUGCAGCACUGUGGUUCUGGAUGAGAAAGGGAUUCAGUUAGAGCCUUUAGAGACACUUAAGUGGACCCAAGAUAUCAUCCAUAGUCGCACUUGGUUUGGAGGCAGUGCAGGGGAAGGACGCGUCCUAAUUGCUGUACCUACAGAGGGAAGGCCAACACAGCCAAAUAUGCAUUACAUGUAUCAUGUGAGCUUCCAGACUGAGAGAGACGGUAAGGAGGAAGAAGGAUUGCAGAGCUGCAGCCAGGAGUCCACAGACCAUGACAACUCAACUCCUUUGGAAGACUCAGAAGAGCUCUACUUUGGUCGAGAGCCACAUGAGCUGGAGAGCAGUGACGGGGAAGAAGACACCUACAAUGAGGACGAUGAAGAGGACGAAUCCCAAACAGGCUACUGGAUCAAAUGUAGCCUGGACUGUCACUUGGAUCCCAACACGUGGGAGCCGUUCUACUCCACAGAGCUCCACCGGCCGGCUAUGAUCUUCUGCUCCAGAGGGGAGGGUGGACACUGGGUCCAUGCUCAGUGCAUGGAGCUGUCAGAGACCCUGUUGCUCAGGCUGUCACAGGGCAGUAAGAAGUACUUCUGUCUAGACCAUGGAGGCUUGCCUUACCAGGAAAUGACCCCACCACGACAGGUGAUGCCUCUGAAGCGGACCCCCCUGAAGGUUAAGGACAGGAAGACUCCUCCAACAAUCAAAAUGUCCCCUGCUAAGAAAAGCUUUUUCAAGAGGCUGUUUGACUGA